AUGGGCAACAGCUUCUCCAAUCAGUUCCCCGUCUCGGGCAGGACUGUCGUCAUUACUGGCGGCUCCCAGGGCAUGGGGUUGGAGGCCGGUCGGCAAUUAGCACAGAAGGGAGCAAACAUCGUAAUCGUUGCGCGCAAUAUUGACAACCUCAAGUCAGCAAUCGAGUCUAUUGCGAAAGGAGCUUCCUCGCCCGAGACACAGCGUUUUCACUAUGUCAGCGCUGACCUGAGUUCUGAGUCGGAAUGCGUUCGAGUCAUCGGCGAGGUCGAAGAAUGGAAUGGCGCUCUACCUGACAUCGUAUGGUGUGUCGCUGGGAGCUCCCGGCCGCAGCUUUUCAUUGACGCCCCAGCCUCCUCGCUGGACUCGCACAUGAAGAAUAAUUUCUUCUCGAGUGCUUACUUGGCCCACGCCAUCCUAAGUCGUUGGCUACGACCAGUCGAUGAUCCCUCGUCCAACAAUACAAAAAAUACAGGCCGCCCAGCGGACCGACAUUUGAUCUUCACAUCUUCGCUAGCAGCAUUAUAUCCGAUCAUUGGCUAUGGCUUAUACAGCCCCUCCAAGCUCGCACUGCGAGGUUUGUCCGAUGCGCUCUCUCAAGAAAUGAACCUUUAUAAUGCUGCCCAUCCCAAUGAGCCACGCGUGCGCCUUCACACCAUCUACCCAGGAACAAUUCUCACCAGCGGGUAUGAAGGGGAGCUCAGCACUAAACCAGAUGUCCAAAAGUCGGCCGAAGAACUUGAUUUGAAGCAGACGGCGGAUGUGGUUGCCUCCAAGAGCAUCGCGGGUCUGGAGAGCGGCCGAGAAUUCAUCACAACUGACAUCGUGGCCAGUCUUGCCAGACAGAGCCUUCUAGGCAACACGCCUCGAGGAGGAUUCUUACAGGGUCUUUUGGACGCUUUAAUGGCGGGUAUCAUCUCUAUUCUCGUUGUGAUAGUUAGAUGGGACAUGGACAGACAGGUCAGCGCAUGGGGGCGGAAAUAUGGCACCUCAGCCAAAGUAGACCUGGAGCAAAAGGCAUCAAAGUAG